AUGAGCGCGCCGCCGCCGCCGCCACCACCUCAUGGCGAGGCGCCUCGCUCGUCGGGCCUGCCGCCUGGCAAGUACGACAUCUUCGUCAUACCAGAGCACUCUGCUGGCUCGGGGUUCCUGUACUUGCCGUCAUUACAGCCCAACGUCAACAGCUUCGCGGCCGGCUUCGCCUCGGCACUCAUCCUCGUCGCCGUGUUCCAGAGCAUGGCCCCCGCCUUCAGGGUAUGGUGGGAAGGAUUCCAGGGGUUGGGCAACAUGGGCAUAACGUUGCUCAUCCUGGGCGUGGGCUUCGGCGCCUGGUCGCUCGGGCGGACACAGAAUGACGCCCCAUCCGGGGCCAGGCCGAGCCCGUCGUCGGGAGGAGGUGGUUCAGCAGGCUUUGGCACCUCAGCGUCGGGAUCACACGCAGGCCCCCCGCCGCCGCCGCCGCACGGCGAAUCGAGCCCUCCCCCUCCCCCCCGCGGAGGCGGCGCAGCACCACCUCCGCCUCAGCAAGACAAGCCCAAGCCGUCCUGGCAGCAACAACGGUCGACACCGCAGCCUGGAGCGACGAAACCGGAGACCCCCAAGGGAUCGUGGGAAAAGGCCCGCGAAGAGACGAGGAAAAAGGAAGAGGAGCGCAAGGCAAAGGAGGCAGAGCAGAAGCGACGCGAAGAGGCCGCCAAGAGACUGGCCGAGCUGCGCGCCAAGGAAGCGAGGGAGCGGCAAGAAAGGGAAAAGGACCGUGAGAGAAGGGAAAAAGAAGCCCAGGACAAGAAGGACAAGGACCUCGCCGAGAAGAGGAAGAAGGACCUGGAGGAGAAGCUGGCCAACGAGAGGAAGGAAAGGGAGGCCAAGGAGCAGAAGGCGCGAGAGGACCAACAAAAGGCAGCCGCCGCCGGCGCCAGUCGCGGCGGCAGCUCGUACGCAUACUCUGGCGUCGGCGAGAAGACGAGCAUGUGGCCCAACGGCCGUCCGAACGUUGCCCCCUCGCAGGCUGGCGGCGGCUCGCCGUCGAAGAACCCACCGAGCCCCGGCAAAAAGCCGCCGGCACCGACGGCCAAGACGUACGUCAGCGCCGACGAGGACGCUCACUCGUUCCGACCCUACGACCAGCCGAAGCCGUCGCGGCGGAGGCCCUCGGUAUCGUCCGUCGGCGGAUCCGAGUCGUCGUGGGCGCCGUCGCACACCACGGCCCGCACCUCUCCGCCGCCGUCCUUCCGCGGACCCUACACCACCAAGGACCCGGACAAGAUCGUCAUCAACGCCGUCUACCUCUUCAUGAACCAAUUCGCCAAGACGCCGGCCAGCCAGCUCGUAUCGGGCGUGGGAUCAGUGACGGACGGGCUGAUCCUGCGCGUCACCACCGAGGGUCUCUUCAUCGACGACGACGUCCGGGGCGUCCCGCAGCGCGAAUGGGACGUCAAGGCGUGGACCCUCAAACAUGUCGAGGUAUGGUGCCCCCCGCACUGCUUGAAUUCUGCUGCUGCUGCUGCUGCUUCCGCGUCUGCUUCGAACCCCGCCGCCGGUGCAAAGAGCCCCCCCCACGUGCUUUUCAAGUUGGCCACGGCCCGCCGCAACGCAGACAGGGACGCCAAGGUCCUCACGGGCGAUGAAGCCGACGCGUACCUGACUGAGAUGCUGCGUGCCUGCAAAGAUUGCUGUCGUCUUGGCUUGUGCGAGCGGACUUUCAAGAAUACUAACAUUCAAUCCCCCUCGGGCCAGACCGGAGGCUGGAAGGCCAAGGGCCUGCACAUCCUCCGCGCCACCGUGCGCGACCAGGAGGGCAAGCGGUACAUGUUUGUGCUGGACGAGACGGAGAGCUGGAAGGUGGCAGUCGGGCUGCAGCGGCUGCGCCGCGGCACGCAGGUGCGCCAGCUGGGCGUGAGCAGCAUGUCGCCGUCGGAGGCCCGGGGCACGCUGGAGACGCUGGGAUGGGCCGAGUGA